AUGGAUAUUGAAAUCAUUUCCAAAGAAAGAAUUAAACCCUCUUCACCAAUACCAAAUCACCUUAGAAACUUCAAGCUUUGCCUCUUAGAUCAGCUUAUUCCAGCUCCUUAUGCUCCCAUUGUCCUUUUCUAUCCCAAUUCUGAUUCUGCUUCCCAUGCUCAAGUCCUCAAAAGGCUUCUUCUUCUUAAAGAAUCACUAUCAGAAAUCUUAACCCAAUUUUAUCCGCUUGCCGGUACAAUCAAAGAUGAUCUGUCAAUUGAUUGUAAUGAUCAAGGGGCUUACUAUAUCACAACAAGGAUCAAAUCCCACCUCUUCGAAUUUCUUGAACACCCCGAAAUUCAUUUGAUCAAUCGGUUUCUUCCCUUGGAAGGGACUAGUGUAACUAAUAUCCAAGUCAACUUGUUCGAAUGUGGUGGAAUCGCCAUUGGCGUCUGUAUUUCGCACAGAAUUCUUGAUGGAACUGCACUAAGCAUGUUCCUUAAAGGUUGGGCUACUGCAGCUUUUGCUUCAUCCAAAAAAGUAGCGUAUCCCGAUUUCUCUGCAUCUUCCCUCUUCCCUGCUAAUGAUUUAAGGCUUAAAAAUGGAUCAAUGGCCAUGUGGGGUGCAGUCUUCAAGAAAGGAGAGUUCAUUACAAAGAGAUUUGUAUUUGAUGGUUUGGCUAUAGCAAAACUCAAAGAAAUGGCAACUACCAGUUCAAGUGUGACGCAUCCUACUCGAGUCGAGGCCAUUUCUGCAUUCAUAUGGAAAUAUACAAUGGCUGCAUCGGAGAAAAUACGUGGUUCCAAGAAACCUUCUUUGAUCACGCACAUCGUAAAUCUGCGAAAAAGAGCAGCCCCAAAUUUUUCAGAACAUUCUAUUGGAAACCUGAUUUGGAUGGCAAGUGCAAAAUUCAGCAGUACUGUCAAGAAUAAUGAAACCAUUGGACUCCCUUCAUUGGUGCAUCAGUUAGCGAAAUCUAUAACGAAAAUCGAUGCUGAUUAUGUGAAGAAACUAAGGAGUACAGAAGCUUCCCUCAUGAUGUAUAAGCAUUUCAAAGAGAUGGGGGAAUUUGUCUCUAAUGGUUCAGCAGAUUGCUUUGCGUUCACCAGUUGGUGCAAAUUAGGGUUCUAUGAUGCUGAUUUUGGGUGGGGAAAACCUGUUUGGGUUAGCAGUAUGGAUUCAAGCAUCCCCUUUUUCAUGAAUCUAAUCGUUCUUAUGGACACAAGAUGUGGUACUGGAGUAGAAGCCUGGAUCACCUUGGAUGAACAAGAAAUGAGUAUAUUAGAAAAUAAUCGAGAAUUUCAGGCAUUUACUUUGUUGAAUCCUAGCCCUUUAAACAUUGGGCAUGCAUCCAUGAAGUUUUCAAGAUGA